AUGUCGAUAAAAAUUAUAAGUGAUAAUAAGUCUUGGAGUGAUCCAAACAAAACUAGUCAUUUCCCAUUUGGUUUGGGUUAUACGGCAUCGUUGAUAGACAACCAAUUGAAACAACAUUUAUGUAGCGGUAGUAUCAUUGGGCAGAAUUGGAUACUAACGGCUGCCAGUUGUCUACAAAAUCGUACCGUUUCAAACAUUUUUGUUGGUGUCGGUAGAAAUGAUUACAAAUUAAAUUAUAGCUACUAUACUGUCGACAAAAUUAUUAUACACGACAAGUACUCGCCUGAGACUAAACAAAACAAUAUAGCACUGGUUAGGGUUGAGCACUAUAUACGUAACAGUGAUUUGGUUGGUAUAAUACGAUUGGCUGAUGAAAAGCAAUUAGUUAUCGAUGAGGGAUAUCCGGCCGAAAUAGGCGGUUGGGGAUCGAAAACUGUUUGGUGGUUUCUACAUACACUCAAUGUAAAGAUAUUUGGUUGGCAACAGUGUAAGUCUAUUAUAGCAAACAAUAUCAUGACUACCAACACAAACACAACAACAACAACAAUCAUCGACAGUAGUAAUGUUUGUUUGGUGGCCGACAAAGGAAAGGGCGCCUGUAAUGACGAUGAGGGCGGACCUGUUAUUAUGACAGUUAGUAUGAGACCAAAAAAUCAACCCGAAGAUAACAGAUUAAAAAUGAAAUAUAAAGAAUAUAAGGUAUUAAUGGGUGUCCUAUCUAGCGAUCUGUCCUGUGGUCAGUCCGGUCGACCCGAUAUUGUUACCAAUGUUGCCGCUCAUCGCCAAUGGAUUAAAGAGAAGACUGGAAUCUAA